ACUUUUGUUUUGAAUAUGUGGCAGAUAUGAUUCCUGCAUGAUCCAACUGAAGCGACAGGGUUUGUGGGGUGUGCAUUAACAAGUAACAUGGUGCGUUUUUUCAAGAAUCCAGAUGAUUCAUGGAGCCAUGAGGUAGCAGUGUCAGUGAAAUCAUUGAAGGUGAAGAAUUGGAUUCUUCCUGAAAUGCCCGGACUCAUUACUGAUUUUCUGAUCUCACUGGAUGACCGGUUCCUAUACUUGGCCAAUUGGCUGCAUGGUGACAUUAGACAGUAUAACAUUGAAGACCCAGCAAACCCUAAGCUGGCAGGGCAAGUCUGGGUGGGUGGAUUGAUACGAAAAGGAAGCUCUGUACUUGCAGAAGCCAAAGAUGGCACAACAUUCCAGGUCGAUGUCCCAGAUAUUCAGGGAAACAAGCUGAGAGGAGGGCCGCAGAUGAUACAGUUGAGUCUAGAUGGGAAGAGGCUAUACGCAACAAACUCCCUCUACAGUACCUGGGACAAACAAUUCUAUCCAGACCUUGUGGAGAAAGGGUCCCACAUUAUACAGAUUGACGUGGAUAGUGAAAAAGGGGGUCUUUCCGUCAACCCAAACUUCUUUGUGGACUUUGGAACUGAACCCGAUGGUCCAGCCUUGGCUCAUGAAAUGAGGUAUCCUGGGGGUGACUGCACAUCUGAUAUCUGGGUUUAAAAGCAGGUACCAUAUAUAGAACUAAUAAUGCCAAGAAUAAUGAAGGCUUGCCUUUUCGGCAAUGGUAUAUUUAUUGGCUUCGCCUGCUUGUUGAGUUACACUUGUAACAAUUGUAUGUGAAAUAAUGGGAUGGCAUAUUG